GGCCUGAGGAAGAACUCACGCGUAUGUGAUACAAACACGCUUAUGGUAAUAUCUGUGUGCGAUAUCUACAAGCAACGUAAUUGAAACUGACUCUCUUGUAGGCUAGAAUAACAUACUUCUACGAAACCUUGCAUAAUCUAAUAUAUUCAAUGUCGGCCUUCGCAUCCUACACGUGUAGCCGGCAUGUCUCUCUGCGAGCUCUGCGCGCCAUAGCGGGAAGUGUUCUUAGUAAGAAGUAUAGCACUGCUAUUCGACCGGACGGUGAGAUAUACGAUGUCGCAGUCCUGGGAGGGGGUAUAGUGGGCGUCACCACAGCACGGGAGAUCAAGAAGAAAUAUCCGAACAAAACGAUUACUAUAAUAGAGAAGGAAAGUGAAGUUGGAGGCCAUCAGACCAACCAUAACAGCGGGGUAAUACACGCAGGAAUCUACUACAAACCCGGAUCGUCUAUUGCACGGUGCUGUGUGCGUGGUCUCGAUCUGAUGUACGAGUAUUGUGCCAAGCAUAAUAUACCUGCCAAGCGAGUGGGGAAGCUCAUCGCUGCCGUGGAUGAGAACGAGCACAAGGUGCUGCUGGACUUAAUUAAGAAUGGACAGGAGAAUGGAGUCAAGGGUCUGGAAAUUUUUUACCGUGAACAGGUUAAAGCGAAAGAGCCGUAUGUGGAUGUCUACUCAGCGCUGUGGUCGCCAAACACGGGGGUAGUGGACUUUGCUCAAGUGACAAGGCAUAUUGCAAGUGCACUCGCAAACAACGGAGAAGUGGACGUUCGUCUACAAUUCGAAGUCAAAUCAAUGCAGAAAAAAGUGGAUGCCCACGGCGACGUCCUGGUCGAGAUACAAGGCCUUGAGCAGCGCCAACUGGGACCAGUGAAGACUGUGAGAGCGAGGCACGCCAUCAGCUGCUGUGGACUGCAAAGCGACCUCGUGGGAAGACUUGGCGGCGGUGCGGUGUUGCCAAAGAUCGUCAACUUUCGCGGACGGUAUGUGCA